AAACUCCAUUCUCGAAGAAUCUGUGAUGGUAAGUGUUAUAAACCCACUUAUCAUCACCUGUGCUUUCAUCUUCCACUUAUUACUAAUCCCUGCCGCUCCAUCUCCGCCGCACCAAGACGACGGAUUCAUCUUCACCAGAUUCAAUGAACCGAACACCGACAUAAGCCUGAGCGGGGUCGCCGCCGUGGCGGAAGACGGGGUUCUUCUGCUGACCAACCAGUCCCACCGGGUAAUGGGCCACGCCUUCUAUUCCUCACCCUUCCGGUUCAAGACCUCCGCCGCCGGCUCUGCUCUCUCCUUCUCCACCUGCUUCGCCUUCGCGAUGGUCCCCGAAUACGAGAAGCUGGGCGGCCAUGGUCUGGCAUUCACGAUUUCCGGUACCCGGAAUUUCAGCACCGCUCUCCCCAGCCAGUACUUGGGCCUUCUCAACGCCCACGACGUCGGGAAUGAGUCCGACCAUCUGUUCGCCGUCGAGUUUGACAGCGUUCAAGAUUUUGAGUUUGAAGAUAUUAAUGAUAACCAUGUUGGGAUCAACGUCAACAGCAUGGUGUCCAACGAGUCGGCUCCGGCGGCUUACGUCACAGAUGCCCUGAACAAACGAGAUCUGAAUCUCAGGGGUGGAAAGGUAAUUCUGGUCUGGGUCGAGUACGAUUCCGCUUCGAACCUCGUAAAUGUCACCCUUUCGCCGUCUUCUUCGAAACCCAAGCUUCCUCUUUUGUCGCAUCGGUUGGACCUGUCCCGGAUUCUGGAGGAGAAUAUGUACGUCGGCUUCUCUGCCUCCACCGGCGCCCUCGCCGGAGCUCACUAUAUUCUCGGGUGGAGCUUCAAAAUGAACGGCGAGGCCGAAAGCAUCAACCUUCAUUCCCUCCCGUCGCUCCCCGGAGUCAAGAGGAGACACCUGGCUCUCGUUCUCUCCGCUUCUAUCUCGGCGGCGGUCUUGGCCUUGGUGUCGGUCUUGGUCAGCUUUUUCGUGUUCAAGAAAAUCAAGAACGCUGACGUGGUUGAAUCAUGGGAGCUCGAGAUUGGUCCCCACAGGUAUUCCUACAGUGAACUCAAGAAGGCCACCGGUGGUUUCAAGAACAGCGUGUUACUCGGACAGGGCGGAUUUGGUCAGGUAUACAAAGGGAUUUUGCCAAAUUCGAAAACAGAAGUAGCAGUGAAGAGAGUUUCGAAUGAAUCCAGACAGGGACUACGGGAAUUCGUGUCGGAAAUCUCGACAAUCGGGAGGCUCCGACACCGGAAUCUUGUGCAGUUACUAGGAUGGUGCCGGACCCGGUGCGACCUAAUGCUGGUCUAUGACUACAUGCCAAACGGGAGCUUGGACGGUUUCUUGUUCGACCGUCCGAGGGCGGUGUUAACCUGGGAGCAGAGGUUCAACGUCAUCAACGGCGUCGCCGCCGGGCUGCUGUACCUUCACGAGGAGUACGAGCAGGCGGUGAUCCACCGCGACGUGAAGGCGAGCAACGUGUUGUUGGACGGGGAGAUGAACGGCCGGCUGGGGGACUUCGGCCUGGCGAGGCUCCACGAGCACGGGACCCACCCGGGGGCGACGCGCGUGGUGGGGACGCUGGGAUACCUGGCCCCGGAGCUCUCGAGGACGGGAGUGGCCACCACGAAGACGGACGUGUUCGCGUUCGGGGCGCUGGUGCUGGAGGUGGUGUGCGGGCGGAGGCCGAUCGAGGUGAAGGCGGGGGUGCAGAUAAAGGAGAUGCUUUUGGUGGACUGGGUGUGGGAUAAGUUAAGGGAGGGGAGGAUUUUGGAGGUGGUGGACUGGCGGUUGAAAGGGCGGUUCAAGGAGGAGGAGGCGGAGAUGGUGCUCAAAUUGGGGCUGAUUUGCUCCGGGAAUGAGCCGUCGGCGAGGCCGAGCAUUAGACAGGUGUUGAGCUACUUGAAGGGAGAAGCUCAAUUGCCAGAGAUUGUGAGCUGGGACCCAGAUCAUCUUCAUCUUCAUCAUCAUCAGAACAAUAAUGGUGGGGAUGAUGAUGAUCAUAACAAGAAUAAUGAAGAGCCAUGUGAGUUGAGCCCAUCUCAGAUGGGCACUACUUUUGCUUCUUCAUCAACUCAUUCGCCUCAUUCCCCAUUGCCUUUCUGAAAAACAGAGAAUGUUCUGUAUUGUAUCUAGCAGAUUUAGGUUGAAAUUGGAGUUAGAUACUUGGAUGGAUGAGUAAAUAAAUGGGGUGGACAAGAAAUAAAUUAAAAGGGCAAAUGAGUCAUUUAACAUCAAGUGAUGAUUAUAUUCUUGAUAAAGCACACUAAAGGUAGGUGUUCUUGAUCUGUAUGUAAGAUUUUCUUCUUGGCCCUGAGAGAACAUAGCAAGAGAUACUGUUUAAGGGUAGAAUUGCCUAUAAAGAUAGGGGUCCAUCAAUAAGGAGAAAUGAGUCCAAAACUUGCUUGGAAUGUCACAUUUUAAAAGAGGGAGAUCACUGAUAAGGGGAGUGCAUUGUUUAGGAGAUUCCAA